UCUCAGGCAGUUCCUCACAGGCAAGCAAGGAGUGAAGAUGUGCAUUUCUUGAUCUUUGCAAGAAUGGCACCAAGGAGGAAAGCAAAAAGUGUUGAUGCAAAAGUUCUUGCCAAUGAACUGGAGGAGCAGUUGCCAUGCAGAGGGAAGCAGAUUGCAUUGCUGUUAUCACUUGCAGGCCAGCCAAAUCAUGCUACCUGUCCAGCUAUCUUUGUCUAUGGCCACUCCGCAACGGGAAAGUCUGCCGUUGUCCAUUCCAUCUUGGAGUCUUACUCUGCCCCAAGAGCUAUCGUGAACUGUGUAGAAUGGCAAAGUCAGAAGCAGCUCUUUGAAGAGAUUCUUAAUCAGGUAGCUGAGGCCGGGCCCAGUCCAGAGAAUGGUUUCACACAGUACGCCAGGUGUGACAAUGCCAAUGACUUUGUAAGGCUGCUCAAAGGAGUGGUCCAGGAGAAAGGUAUUGAGGAGACAGUGUACAUUGUACUUGAUAAAGCUGAGAGGUUACGAUUCAUGGAGGGGCACAUCUUGCCAGCCUUUCUGAGGCUUUCAGAGCUGUCUGAGUGCAAUGUGUGUGUCAUCAUGCUGAGUCAGAUAGUGUGGGAGAAGUUCAGAUGUGGCACUGGCUAUUGUGAACCGGUCAUCAUUCAUUUCCCCGACUAUACUAAGAAUGAGAUCUUGGAGAUCAUUGCCUCAGACCCUCCAGCUGGCUUUAAGUGUACCUUCUAUGCAUCUUACCUAAACCUUCUCCUAAGCAUCUUCUACAUGGCUUGCAGGGAUCUCAACGAAAUCAGACACUUGGCCCAACUCAACUUUCAAAAGUACAUUGAACCCAUUACCAAAGGAGAAGCUACUGUGGAUGAUGCACACAAGCUGUGGAGGAAUAUUGAACCUCAUCUCAAGAAAGCACUCCAAACCAUCUACCUCAGGGAAGUGUCAAGCUCACAGUGGGAGAAAUACCAACAGGAAGUUUCAAGUCAUGCUAGUCUUCCCACCAUGCUCUCUGCCCGAGCCCAUGUCGAACUGCCAUUCUACUCCAAGUUCCUUCUGAUAGCAGCAUACCUUGCCUCCUACAACCCCGCCAGGACAGACAGACGGUUCUUCUCAAAGCAUCAUGGGAAAAUUAAGAAGUCUGCCAAGGUGUCUAAAAAGGAGGUGAUUGCAGAGUUUCUUCUAGGUCCCAAGGCAUUCCCCUUAGACAGGCUCAUGGCUAUCUUCUACAGUGUUGUAGAUGCAAGGGUUGCACCAUCUGCAAAUAUCUUCUCUCAGAUCUCUUCCUUGGUGACCCUGCAACUCUUAUCCCAUGUUGGUCAUGAUGAUCAGCUAGAUGUUCCUAAGUACAAAUGCACAGUGUCUCUAGACUUCAUCAGGUCGAUAGCAAGGACGGUGAACUUCGACAUCAUCAGAUACCUUUAUGAUUUUGUCUGAAGGAGCUCUACCUAGCCCUCAUGGUAUAUGUGAGUCUAUGCAUCUAAGAUGGAAGUGUGUAUUGGUGCAAGAUGGAUGCCUGACAAACAUACAGUACUUAAGAUCUUGUGAUGGAAAAGUAGCAACCACCCUAGAGUUGUAUGCCCUGUUAUUGUGCCUGUUCUUGGCUUUUUCUAGUUUUUCUUCAGUGCAGUUUGAUUUAAUGUUGAUAUUCAGGUAUUAAUAUCAGUUCUACGUUGAACGUAUUCCCAGAAAGAUUAUUUUUCCCAUACAUUCCAAGUGCCUUAUACAUGGAAUGUAAUAUGAAGAUAUUGAAUGAUGGUGCUCAAAAGUGAACGAAAUAGGGUAAUGUUUACAACUGUGUAGCUUAUUUGUUGCUACCUCUUCUUUUCAAAAGAAUGUUUGAAAAUUAUUUUGAUUUUAAUUUAUUUUUGAGCAAGACAAAAUGCUGUAAGUCAGAUAUGUGCUGCUCUGUAGAGGUAUGUUUUGUUUUUGGGGAUUUUUUUAACCAUAAGCUUGGUACACUAAAGUCUAUGUAUGAUCAUUUUGAAACCAAAAUGUUCUUGGUUCCUACAGAAAAUUUUGAAAUGAAAAUGCACAACACUAGUACAGUGUAUGUGUUGAUUGCAAAAGUAAUUGAUAUUUAUUAUGACCUGUAAUUUAAAGAAGUGGCUGAUAUGAUAAUAUGUAAUGGAUGCUUUUUACAGGUUAUUGGACUAAGACAGAUAUUUAAAAAAAAGGCUGAAUCUUCAUGCAGAGUUUCUUACAUUGUUUGAAUGUAUUUAUUUCAUACUUAGCAAUCAGGAAUAUAGGACACCACUGAACAUGAUACAACAAGCAAUACAUUUCUUUUGCAUUAAUUCCAUCUGAUGAGAGUCAAAAAGGAUUUAAUUCAUAUUUCAUAUAGGGGACAUUUCUGUUUUGUCCAGUGAUCCAAAUUGAAUUGGUUCAAAACGUUGUUUGAUACAUGAAGCUUGUGUGACAAUUUAGAUUGAUCUUACCACUUUGUACAGUUACAUUGUAAAAAUUGAUGGUUUGAACAAAAAAUAUCCACUUCCACGUAUCCUUCUCUUCCUCUUCCUGUAUCAGAACUAAGAAUGAGGCCUCCCUCUGUUUUAACUUAAACAAAUAAAAAACAUUUUGCAGGAUUAAAGCCUUAAUCCCCCCCCUCUCCCCUUUGAAGCGUACAUGGGUAUGUUCUAGCUCAAAAGUGAUAUGAAUACUGAAUAGGUAGCAUGGUAAAUCUUGGUUUGGCUUCCUUAAGAAUAAUCAAUUUCUUCAAGUUUAAAGGAAUGUUGUCCUUGGAAUUUUUAAGUUUAUUUUCGAUUUCACUAAUUCUUCCCUUUGAACUUUUCCUAUUUGUGAAAAAUGAAAAAAAUGACAAAACUGCACUAUUUAACAAGGCAAGGAAUGAUGAGCCUUGCUGCACGUUUCUAACACUGCGCCGUCGGCUUGUUAGCGUUAGUUUACUUGAACGUAGUGUUGAUUUUUUUUCUUGUCAGAGUUUUUCCAUCCAAUAUUGACCCUCUCCUUGGCUUGUGAUUGUACAGCUGACUUCUGCCUCAAAUUGUGGUAUUUCUCAAGACAUCCAACGGUCUAUACCAAAACUAACUUUCCCUUUAUACAUAACUAUUCAAUACCAUGGUAAACUCAUUUCAAAGGUGUGUCUAAAAAAAUUAAAAGAUCUGAAUCCCUGAACAUACAUAUAUACAUAUAAUAUGAGUGUUAACUGCAUAUUAUGUCUUUCCUGUACAUUCCACAUUACAAAAUUCAUUAUCCACAAAAUAACGGCUGUUUUUCAUCUUGAUUUUUAAAUUUCAGAAUUGCUGAAUAAAAUUUCAAUGCAUAUUCUUUGUACAAAAAGUAGGGUUUUAUUUCCACUUCCCAAAAGGAAAAGGUUUUCAUACAGCCUUCUUUUUUACACUUAUCUUUGGAUCUACAUUGAAAUUAAGUGUCUGCAAAUCCCCUUUCAUGAAAUUUUCACUGCUCUAUUUUGUUAAUUUCAUUUUUGUUUUAAAUCAAAAGAAAUUUGAAAUUAGUCUGGGCUGGUCUUUAUGUAAGUUGUAGAGAUUUGUGAACUCAUUAUAAAUGUACGUUUAAUUUAUGUAUGCCUAAAAAUACUGUACUCGUAUCUUCUUCAAACAACCAGGUGUUUGAAAUGAUAGAACACCGAUUGUCCUCAAGGAAUUCUACCACCCUGUAGCUCUCCUCACUCGCCAUUCUGAAUAACAAAAACAAAACGAUUUGAAUAAAUAUGUGAAGAGAUUUGUGGAAAAAUCACAAGGAAGAUUUUUAAAGUAGUAGCCCUCGUUUGGGUACUAAACAUAACAUUCCUACACUAUAUAACCUAACAUGACAAUUGUGACCUGUCGCCACAAAACAAACAUUAAAGAUUGUAUUCUUGAUUUGCACACUGUCAAAAGGUAUUCUUCUAGUAUUCUUUUAGUCCGUCAAUCCAGUGUUUUCUGUUUCUCCUGGGUCCAUUGAAAUUCUUCAUGAACCAUGUGUGAUUUGGUCAUAUCAUAUUUCCCGGGAGUUUGGACACCAUGAAUUUGAUAAUGACUUCUAUUGUAUCACAGGCUAAGUUAGGCUUGGAGAGCCUUCUAGAUUGUGGUAUAUUGUUAAUGUUCUGAUUUAAUUUUAUAUGCCUCCUUGAAUCUCACUCUGGUGCCUGAUUCUGGGAUUAGCUCUUUAAUUGCUUCAUUGGUGAGGAGAUUAAAACUGUCAAGAUCAAUGUCAUUAUAUUCCAAAAUUCCAAUCUAUGAAUAUCCCUCUAGCUAGUUCCUCGGCUUAGACUCUUAGCUCAGCUUUUCAUUCAUAAUCUCUGAUAUGAUGUGUAUGAUACGCAUGAGCGUGCCCCUGGUUCUGGCUAUGCCUGACGGCCGAGAAUUUUUUGAUGUUGUUGUGCUAAUGAUAUACGUGUCAUUUGACACUGAGCCUCUGUUAUUAUGAGAUGUUUACAGUUAAGUAAGGUUGAGUGGCUACUCUUCAUCGGAGUGGAGAGACUGCUCAUUUUGGUCGAUGAUCGGUGAGUCAUCUGCUGAGUCGUUGAUGGCGCAAGUAAGGUUGAGUGGCUACUCUUCAUCUGAGAGGAGAGACUGCUCAUUUUGGUCGAUGAUCGAUGAGUCAUCUGCUGAGUCGUUGAUGGCGCAAGUAAGGUUGAGUGGCUACUCUUCAUCUGAGUGGAGAGACUGCUCAUCUUGGUCGAUGAUCGAUGAGUCAUCUGCUGAGUCGUUGAUGGCGCAAGUAAGGUUGAGUGGCUACUCUUCAUCGGAGUGGAGAGACUGCUCAUUUUGGUCGAUGAUCGAUGAGUCAUCUGCUGAGUCGUUGAUGGCGCAAGUAAGGUUGAGUGGCUACUCUUCAUCUGAGUGGAGAGACUGCUCAUCUUGGUCGAUGAUCGAUGAGUCAUCUGCUGAGUCGUUGAUGGCGCAAGUAAGGUUGAGUGGCUACUCUUCAUCGGAGUGGAGAGACUGCUCAUUUUGGUCGAUGAUCGAUGAGUCAUCUGCUGAGUCGUUGAUGGCGCAAGUAAAGUUGAGUGGCUACUCUUCAUCUGAGUGGAGAGACUGCUCAUCUUGGUCGAUGAUCAAUGAGUCAUCUGCUGAGUCGUUGAUGGCGCAAGUAAGGUUGAGUGGCUACUCUUCAUCGGAGUGGAGAGACUGCUCAUCUUGGUCGAUGAUCCACGGGUCAUCUGCUGAGUCGUUGAUGGCGCAAUUAAGGUUGAGUGGCUUCGCUUCAUUGGAGUGGAGAGUUUUUGAGGAUGGUUGAGUUUUGGAGAGGCAGCUCUACGGAAGUUGGGAUUAAAAAAAAAAAAAAAAAUACAUAUUUGCAGCCGCAUUUUUUGCCUAUCUAGGGGGCUCUUUUUGGUAUUUCUGUGGCGAAGUCGCCCUCUGCCCCAUGUAUUUUUUCCUGAUGUUUUCACACCAUAUUUUCCGGGAGUUUGGAAUCCAUGUAUUCAAUGAUGGCUUCUGGUGUAUCACGGGCAAAGCUAGGCUUGGAGAGCCAUCGGAAUUGUGGUCUAUUUUUCUUAUUCUAAUUUUUUGGCACUGCCUUUUCUCAUUAUGGUAUUGAAUGUGUACUGAUUUUACAGUGUGUUCCACAUCUUUCCAAAAUUCUAAUCCGAGCCUUAUGUGUAUUCCUCCUUCUCUUCAGCUUUGACUCCUACAUGUAACUCAAAUUCUUGUUCAUAAUCUCUGAUAUGUGUAUACCCCAUAUUUCCAGGGAGUUUAGAGUCAUUGGUCCAAAUUCACAAAGGUCAAGAGAGAUAUUCCACAGGACCAAGCAAGCCACUAUAAUUGUGAAUUUAGUGCCCACCUACGCAUGCAGAUCAUUGAAGCAAGGGAACCUCUUCUUCCUUAGGCCAAAGGUCUGCUCAAUAACACACCGCUCUCUUUUGUGGGCAGUAUUGUAGCGCACAUUUGGCCGCCCUGGAGGACGUAGGAGAGGAGUUAGGAGAUAGGGGAGGAACGGAUACCUGAAAUUUGAAGAUUUCAAGACCAAAAAUACACAUCUUUACUCAUUAUUAUUCCUUCCUUUAGGAAAUUAUAAGUACUAGAGAUAUUACUUGGUAUACUUACUUGGUAUACUUGGUUGAUUAGCCUUCUUGUCCUAUGGGAAGGGCUCUCAGUUUUCUCUUAAAAGUAGCCACAGUAGGUGCAGACACUAUGUUGUUAGGUAAGCCGUUCCAGGGUUGGACCACUCAAUUUGAAAAAAAAGAGGCCAGCUGAAUUUACCUCCAAAUUAGGUUCUUUAAUUUACAUCAUAAUGAUAUAAUUGUAGAAGAAACUAAUCUACAACAUCAAUCUGGCAUUUAAAAGUAAACUGUCUGCAUUGGCUGUGUGAGAAAAUUGUCUUUUUCUUAAAAUGUCAUUUAAAUUGGAAGUGCUUUUCAGUACAAAGUAAAAUAAUGAUCUGAUCUGUUUCUUAUUAAUGCCUGCAAGACAAUGUCCAAAUCUAUCCAAAUGUCUCAAUUUCCGAUCCCCUCUUUAUAAUAGGAAAUGGUUGCGUUAUUGCUUAGUCAAAAUAAGAAGCAUGCAUUUGGUAAUUCAAGAAAGCAAGGGAAUGUAAAUUUUAAUUAAACGGUAUCGUUAUUCUUGAAAGAACUUUUAAAUGAAUAUGUAUCAACAUGUACUGCAUGUCUGCAUUUAUGAUUACAAUGGGAUUACCAUAAAAACCAAUCCAUGUACCCACUAUCUCCAAGUAGCCACUCAGCACCAUCUGCCCUUGCCUGUAGCUGCUCCUUCAAUGUGCACUCCGAAAAAAUCAGAGAAUCGUGAGUGCUGCCAGGCCAUCUUACCACGAUACUUGAUAUUUUCCCAGCAUGAUCCCAAACAACCUACCAAUAAUGAUUCUACAAACAGGUAACUGUGAUACUGUUGCCUCGUCACCAUGCAUCUUCUGGAAUGAAGUUGAUAGAAGAAUGUCUUGUCUGAAAGUAUUUUCUUGCCACAAUUCUUGUUAUUUUCCCAGCAUGAUCCCAAACAACCCAUCAAUAAGAUUUGCCUCUUCCUUCUUGCAAUAGCUUCUGAAACAUCUUUAAUGAUUCUACAAACAGAUGACUGUGAUAUCGAUUGCCUGGCCAUCUUGCCACGAUACUUGUUAUUUUCCCAGCAUGAUCCCAAACAACCUACCGAUUUGCCUCUUCCUUCUUGCAAUAGCUUCUGAAACAUCUUUAAUGAUUCUACAAACAGAGGACUGUGAUACUGUUUCCUCGUCACCAUGCAUCCUCUGGGAUGAUCCUAUAAUUGAAAUGAAGUACAGGGCUUGAUCCCCAUCAGGACUCCUGAUGUAGACAUGAGUCCCAUCGAUAGCACCUAUCAUCUCUGUGCGGAGCUGUUUCUAUUCUUCCCUGUACCUGUGGGUUAAGGCCUAAAAAAAAAAAUUGAUGACUUGGCGUAACAGGUCACUGAAAAUUAGGGUAGGUAGGGCGAUUUUUUUGUUGUUUUUUUUGUUGUUUUUUUUUUUUUUGUUGUUGUUGUUGUUGCUUAUAUUUGCAUACAUGAAAUUAGCCAUUCAUACACAUACAUACAUACAGUGGCGUAGAUAGGUCCUCAGACCUUGGGGAUGAUCUGAUGAGAGGGGUAGACCACAAUAUGUUCAAAUAACUCCACGCACACACACACACAUAUAUGGACACACACAUAUAUGGACCUUGAACGAUUUCUCCGAUUGUUGCUUCAAUGUCCACCUUCCGAAGAACGCUGAAUAAAACGUGAGCACCAAAUUUACCCGUGAACUGAACGCCAAAGGACGCCAUGUUGGGGAUACAAUCGCUUAGCGGUACUAUGGUGUACCUGCCCGCUGCACUCGGCGCGCGAGCUGGCCCAAACACGGCGCGGCAAAGCCCAGAACGAAAGCAACAAACAUCCGGGUUUUCCCCACUGCGAUAUCGAUAUUUACGCAAUCGCAAUCGGAUCAAAAAAAA